GAUCGGUCGCACGAAUCGCCGCCGAGUGGGUUCUUCUUCUGCGUUGUCCGUGAGCCCGCAAAUGCAUUGCGCGACCACUCCGACCAUCAUCUCAGUCGCACGCGUUUUUACAUAACGUCGUACGCUCGCGCCCAUAAGCACCGUCAUCACAAGUCUACAUCGUUCGGUCAAGUGCAUCAGGACCGUAAAUCAUCAAUCGGUUGUUGGUCGUUGCGCUCUCGUCUACCCGUAUACUGCUCGUCGCUGAAAUGAAGCCGUUAAACCUCGCGGUGUUGUUGUUCUGUCUUAUUGCGUAUGGAAACGGUAGACCGUCGGACAGCGAUGAACGCGAUGAAAUCUUAAGAGAAGCAAAAAAGGAAAAACACUUCCAACAUGAUAGCAUAGACGAAAUACCUCAACAUCAAACGGAAUCUUCGACAGCAGCGGAAAAUAUAUUGAAUCGAUUGAAAUCGAUAGCACACCUGCGAAUGUCCGAGAUGAAAAAACCGGCAUUGGAUUCUGUGACUAGAGAAGAGUUGGAAGCGCUGAGGGAUCUUUUAGACAAAAACCUUCAAAAGUACCAGAACUACAAUGAGUUCACGACGAGAAAACGUCCAAGCGACCCGUACAUAGGUCAGAUACUCCAGAACCUGAACGGAGAAUCGCAAUCAACCGGCGGCGGAAAUAACAACAUGCAGGAACACUACCACUACAAUCACAACAACAACAACAACGAAGGCGACAUGGCCGAACAGCUGUCGCCGGAACGCCAUCAGUUGCCCAUCAGGCGCAAGAUUAUCAGACACACGGUGUUUGCGACACCAAUGCAGGGCAGCAACGCGGGCGCUCCGAACAGGAUAUAUAACGGCGGUGACGCCAGGAUCGAUUGGACUUCGCCUUGGGCCGAUUACUUCCCAAUAUUGAUCAAAGACCCGCUGCAGACGAUGAUGAACUCGUUUUCCGAGAUCAUUGAGUACGGUCCGGCCGCUGAUAUUUGCAGGCACGCGACGAACAACGGUGACGCCGCCACUGCAGUAACCGGCGAGGACGUGAACCGGCUGGACGGCAAAGGAUCGUCGUCCCGGACCGAUAGGAGGACUUCCGACGGCGGUACGGUUUCCACUGUUGUGCGGGAAACGCGAAGACGGUCACGCCGGAACGCGGCUGUCCGGUCGGAAGAGGAAAAGGGAGCGCUGCUGAACCACGUGCGGCCGUUCAAGUCGACGACCACGACGACGGCGGACCCGACGAAGAUGUUUCCCUGGUCACCGGACAAGCAGGCCACCGAGCACAACGGCGACACGGGCCCGCAGAUCAAGCGGCUGGUGGUCCGUCGCGGCGGCGUGGCCAUCGCGGGCCCGGGCGGCAUAGCCACCGCCGGAUCUGGCGGUACGGCGAUUGUGGGCGCCGGCGGGUCGGCGUACAGCACCAAGCACACCGCGGCCGGCGCUUCCGCGGACGCUCCGAUGCCGCCGGCCGGUGGAAUUUCGAUGGCCGGCUACGGGCCGCAGGUGGUGAACACGCCGACCGGCUAUUACGCGCCGUACCCACCGCAGGCCAACGGUUUCGCACGGAGCGUGGACGCUGGCGCUGGCGGCACGGCCGUGCUGUCCACGGACGGUGUAGCUUACACGUUCCCCGCGCCGUCCCGUGGACUGACCGCGGCCCGGCGUACGCGCGGCGGGGACGGGCUCCGCGAGAUCUCGCUUCCGGACGGCGCCAAGCUGAUAGCCACCGGACCGAUAGUGUACUACAACCCGGAACCGUCGGUCCGGAAGAGGUCACGCAAAGGCAAAAAGUCCGCGACCCGCGGGACCGCCAGUGCCGGGAAACACGACGACCGCAAGUUUUAACGACGCCCCGCCCCCGCCUAACGUUUAUCCGUUUGUUCCUCUGCAACAACACAAGACUGUCGUGAUAUAUAUAUUUUGCACAAUAUGAUGAUAUUAUUAUGAAAGCUCUAUAUAUUAGCGUACCUAUAAUGACACAUAAUAUUAUUAUAAGUAUAUUAUAUAGGCUUAGCGUAUUUAUAGUAAUAUUUUAGUAAAGCUCGUUUAAGUAGUACCUUUAACAAUAAUCAUUAUUAUUCAUCAUAUAUUUACGUAUAAAUAUAUUAUAUCCUGUGGUAGUUCCGUAAUAUUUACACGUAUAACGAA